UGUAUAUAAACUGAUGCUGAAGUUGAUCUCAUCAUCAUCUGAUCUGCUCGUCAGCGACGCAACUUCUCUCCUUCAUCUGAGCGUGACUUCAGUGAAACCUCCGGCCAUCAUGUUUCUAUCAACGGGGGAGUCAAACUACAAAGGGCGCUACAAGACGCGGGUGUCAAGCUCCAACCUUGGACAUUUAAAAAACGAUUAUUCAGAGUUUGAGGCUUUUCCGGACACUCCCACAGCCAGAGCACCUGCACCUGACGGCACGUAUCUGUUGGUGCAGAAGGUCGACAUGUGUCAGAAGAUAAAUGAACCGCAACACCGCACGGGCGCCUACGACACCCCCAACCUGGUGGUCCGCCGCGGACAGGAGUUCCUGGUGAAAGUCACCUUUAACCGCCCGCUGGCGGAGAGAGACGACUUCCAGCUCGAGUUCCUGAUUGGUGAAAACCCUUCGGCCCGUAGGGGCUCCCUGGUGGUGGUAACCUUUAGUUCCCGUGUUGGAGGCCUGUGGAAAGGUCGGAUUGUGAAGAGUAAGGGUAAAACUGUGACUCUGGGCAUCACGCCAACGCCCGACGCCAUAAUUGGGAGGUUUCGUACGUACGUGACCAUCGUGAUGGGAACUGGCAUGCAGCGAACUAAGAGGGACGCCACCACCGACCUGUACAUGCUGUUCAACGCCUGGUGUAAAGAUGAUGCUGUGUUUCUUCCUAAUGAAGCUGAGCGGUACGAGUACGUCCUCAACGACCAUGGAGUGAUGUAUCAGGGUUCAUUUGAGGCUGUGACAACCCGUGACUGGAUUUAUGGACAGUUUGAGCGCGACAUUUUGGACGCCUGUAUUUACAUCCUGGAUGCGUCAAAGAUACCGAUCAAUGACCGAGGCAACAUCAUAAAAACAGUCAGGAUGGGAUCCGCAAUGAUUAACGCUCAGGAUGAGAAUGGCGUGUGUGUUGGGAACUGGAGUGACGACUACUCAAAGGGCAGGCCUCCAACAUCUUGGUCGGGCAGCGUCCAGAUCCUCCUGCAGUACGCCCAAACUGGACUCCCGGUCUGCUUUGCCCAGUGCUGGGUGUUUGCUGGAGUCUUCAACACCUUCCUACGCAGCCUCGGCAUCCCGGCGAGGCCCGUCACCAACUUUGUUUCAGCGCACGACAACAACGGCAACCUGAAGACCGACCUCAUCUGUCUGUCUGAUGGCUCGCCGGACUCAGCCAACACCAGGGACUCCAUCUGGAACUACCACUGCUGGAACGAGGUUUUCAUUAGGCGCGAUGACCUGCCGCCCGGCCUCGGAGGAUGGCAGGCGGUGGACGCCACGCCCCAGGAGACCAGUGAUGGAUAUUAUCGCUGCGGUCCAGCUUCAGUUGUCGGCACCAAGGAAGGUUUGAUCUGUCACCCGUAUGACGCAAGGUUCGUCUUCGCUGAGGUCAACAGUGACGUUGUCUUCUUCAAGCGGGAUCGCUACGGAACGCUGACUCCGUACAGGGUGGAAAGGGAUUACAUCGGAAGGGCUGUUUACACCAAAUCUUUGGGCAGCAACUCACCAAAAGACAUCACACAGAACUACAAGUACCCAAAAGGUAGUGCCGAGGACAGUAGGACUAUGGACCGGGCGGAAGGAUAUGGUGUUGAGAGGGAUCACUCAGAGCUGCCCGAGACCACACUGUCUAUCAUUAUUACCGCCAGUCAGGUCAGCCUGGGUCAGGACGUCAACCUACAGAUGGCUUUCCACAACCAGAGUGAUGUUCCUACAACCAUCCAAGCCAACCUGGCCGGGUCUGUCAUCUUCUACACCGGAGUCAGAGCCAGUCACUUGAAAUAUCACAACUUCACCAUCACCGUGCCAGCCAAUGAGAUGAAGAGUGAGAUGGUGAAGAUCACAGCUGACGAGUACAUGCCGUUUUUGGGCACCCUGCUCUGUCUGCACUUUAUUGUGACUGGACAGACUGAGGACGAGUCAGUGACUGCCAUCAAGGUGCUCGAGUUCCAGAUCCCGACGCUCACCGUGACGCUGAGCGGCUUGCCCAAGGUGCAGCAGGAGAUGUUUGCCGAAGUUACCUUCACCAACCCGUUCAACUUCGCCCUGAAGGCCUGUAGGCUGUCCAUGGAAGGAGCUGGAUUAAUGAGCGAGAAGACACGUUUUUUCGGAGUCAUUGAGCCUCAGGCUUCAAUCUCCUGGAAAGAGUCGUUCAUCCCUCGACUAGCCGGAAAUCGCUGCCUUGUAGCGGUGAUGGACAGCAGCAACCUCUGUGAGGUGAGGGGUGUCAUUUGGGUCGACAUCACGCCCUGAGAUGAUUGGUCCACAGAGCUUUGUCACCCCCGCCUCACACCAUUUCCACUACGCCUCUACCAAUCACAGCAGCUUCAAACUGAGAGGAAGGAGACGACAAACCAGAGCAACGUCUUUUAUGAUUUUAUUUCUUGUUUUAUUUCAGUGUACACAAAUCAUUGUAAAUUCCAAGCUGUGAUACUCUUGAAUGAGUUGAAAUAUUAAUCGUUACGCUUUUUAAUCAAUAAAUGUCUCAGAGAGUCUCCUCUCAACCUGGGUCAUAACAUCUGUUUAAAGUGACUCUAUGUAACUUUUUAUUGUUUCUGAAGCUCUGACAUUUUCCACACAAAGGUCUUAAAUGACUUGUAACCACAAACGAGCCUAACAGUGAAAAUAACUCUAAUUUUAUAUAGUUUUUAGUAAGGCCUCUGCCCUUUCCUUCCCGUCCCAGAAUGAUUGGCGGCAGAUAGACAGUGUUACGGUUUCACAUUCUGACGGGUCACAGAUUUUUUUGUUACACCAAAAAAGCCUAGUUAGUAUCAAGCCCUGUGAGCCAGGUACAAGAAAGCAGGAGAAGUCUUCAUACAGGCCUAAUUGUAUUUUAAUGUUGUUUUAGAAGUUGUAGUUAUGACUGGCACGGAAGGAAAUUAAACAAAGAGUUAAUUAAAUUAAAAGGGACAAGUGAAGUCAACUUCGGUCAGGCUUUUAAUAGAUGGAGACAAUUAAUGGAUUGUAAAUGAAUCAAAACUGACCCAGAAUUGUCCCUCAGGAGCAUAAUAUGUCUAAUUGUAAAUUACUUUACAAUGUGCGAUUUGGUUGUACAACAAUAGCCAACAUAUAAUCACAUCUCCCUUCCAUUUAGCAUUUUAUUCCUUUUAGUUAGUGUUUGUGUUCGCCUACUAUUUCUUUUCCCUUGUCCCCCUGCAACGUUACUUGUGUAAAACAUUCUUGGGAAAUGCGCUAUAUGAAUUGAAGUUAUUAUAGCGUUGGUUGCUUUA